CACUCUUCUUCAGUCAGUACUCGCACGCCGCCGUUAUCGUUUGUUAUUUGUGUUACGAGCUCGUCUCACGAAUUUCCUUUCGUCGCCGCAUUUACGUGUUUCUCGCGCGCGUUUGCUACCCCGCAUUAUAUCGGCAUAUGGAUAUAAUUUUUUUUCGUGUGUGCGAUUUUUUCAUUUUUAUACACGUAUUGCGGUAAAAUUCGAUUUUGUUUUUUGGUUUUAAAAUUCCUGCUAACCUUUUUAAAUCGUCUUUUUCUCCGAAUAAACACGCCGGGCGCCAGUCGUAUUAGUAUAGUAUAAUUUAUCUACGGGAAAGUGAAAAUUAUUAGCUCGUUUUCGACAUAGGCUUCCGUGCAGGAUAAUGUUCGAACCGGUGUCGGCGGUCGGACCCCGCGCGAAUUUCCAGCAGAUCACUUAACGCGAAAGCAGCGACUGCGUACAAGGUACCUAAAACACACACGGGACACCUCGCGACUUUACAGGCUCCUCCGACUCGGACCGCGAUCCAGUUGUUUCAGACGGUAUACUGAACGGCAACACCACUACAACCAACCAUCACCACCACCACCCACGCGCUGCAGUACAUGGCGUCCGAAAAACAACAGACGUCGACGGUCCGGCAGGCGCCCGCGGUCGGCCGGUGGGCCGUGACCGCGGUGCUAUGUCUGGUGGUCGCGGUGUACGCGUGGCACGAGCACUCUGUCUUGGAGCUCCGCGUGGCCACGCUGGAAGCCACCGUAGCGGCCUUACAGCAGCGGUCGUCGGAAGGCUUGGUCCCCAUGGGACUCGAUCAGCUGUCGCUCAGGAACAAGCGGGACGCGACGUCCGGACAAUGUCUUUGCCCUCCUGGGCCUCCUGGCAAACGGGGCAAGCGAGGGAAAAAAGGCGACACCGGCGAUCCAGGGCCAGCGGGCCCGGCAGGUCCGCCUGGGAAAAAUGGUUUUCCGGGUCCAAAAGGAAUGAGAGGGACCAGAGGCUCGAUGGGACCCAUUGGAUUGGAUGGACCAAAAGGCGAUGUCGGUCAUCCGGGCGAGAAAGGACAGAAAGGCGAUUCCAGUGCACCGAAUUUCGACAUAUAUGCUGCGGUUAAGGGAACCAGCAGUAAAAGAUCUGUAACAACGCUGAGAGGAGGUACUCUCGGAUACGCAGAAAUCGUAGCCGUUAAGGGUGAACCGGGAGAGCCAGGACCGCCAGGACCAGUUGGGGCACGAGGACCCGAAGGAGCAAUGGGGGUGGAAGGUAAACAAGGACCAUCCGGCCCUCCAGGAUUGGUUGGACCGAAGGGCGAUCGAGGAGAACAAGGGCUGCAGGGCACACCUGGUCCACCUGGACCAAUCGGCGAAAAGGGUCUUAGAGGCGAUAAGGGUGAUCGAGGAUUGACGACGACGUUAAAAGGCGAUCAAUUCCCAACAGGCAUCAUCGAGGGUCCACCAGGACCACCGGGACCACCUGGAUUACCAGGUCACAACGGCACGGACGGUAUCUCGGAACCAGGUUUACCGGGACCCCAAGGACCUCCCGGCCUGCCAGGCACAUCGGGUCCUAAAGGUGAAAAGGGAGAUUAUGGAGACAUUGGACCUCCUGGUUUGAUGGGACCUCCUGGCUUACCGGGUCCACCUGGAUAUCCAGGUCAAAAGGGUGACAAAGGUGAUAAAGGAGAGUCGAAAUACAACAACAAGAAGAUCAGAAGACGACAAUUCCAAGGUGAUGGCGCUUUCGAAACGAUUAAUGAACCGCAGUUAGUGGGACCUCCCGGACCACCUGGACCACCUGGAUUGCAAGGCCCUCCUGGUAUUAAAGGCGAACGAGGAAAAGACGGCGACAAAGGCGAAAUAGGUGAAAAAGGAUCCAAAGGCGAUCCCGGCCCGAUGGGUUUACCCGGCCCCAUGGGACCAAGAGGAGAUUCAGUUCAAGGAAAGACCGGCCCGGCGGGUCCUCCAGGACUGGACGGGAUGAAGGGUGGUCAAGGGGAGCCCGGUACCAAAGGGGAACGCGGAGAUCCUGGCCUGCCUGGUACGGAUGGCAUUCCUGGUGGUGAGGGUCCCAAAGGAGACAAAGGUUACAAAGGCGAACCUGGUCCGGUUGGUAAAAAAGGCCGGAAGGGCGAUAAAGGCGACAAGGGCGAUCAAGGAGUGCCGGGACUAGACGCACCGUGCCCCAUCGGACUGGACGGAUUGCCGUUACCCGGAUGCGGUUGGAGACCGCAAAAGGAGCCGACGACCACGACGAAAUCAUACCGAUCGCAGACCACCGUAGAACCACCAGCCGACGAUUACGACGAGGGUGGUGGUGGUGGAGGCGGUGGUGACGAGGAAACUGGUGGCGAUUAUGGUGAUGAGUACACCGACGAGGCGAACAAUCCUUAUGAUGCAGCCGGGAAAAAAUAACAUAUAACUAUUGCGUUUGUCGUGUCAGAGAAGUUCAACGUCAACGACAAUAAACUGUUUUAAACCAAAGUUCGGUGUACAUAAGAUAUAUUAUUGAUCACCAACGACUUACGACAGGAUCGUUGUGCACCGCAGAUAAUACGUCAUUAUGUUAAUUACAUAUUUUAAGCUAAGUAAAUGUAAAUAUAUUUUAUAUGAAAACAUAUUUCUGUUCAAUUCAGCUCAGCUGUUGCAAUAGGAACCAUGAUUUAUACAAAUGAAUGGAUUUAUUGUCUUUUUAUCAUGUUUAUGUACAAUAAUUAUAUUCUGUCUUUAAAAUACAAAUCUGAAACUCUUUGUUGAUUCCUACCUCCUUCCCCUACUCAAAAUAAACUCAGUUCCUUGUCAGGUGACCAUGAAUACUGAUGACCAUCCAUCAAAAUCUGUUUGUUACUAAUCUGUGUAUAUUAUAAUUAGGAAUUUUACAUUAUGUUAAAAUAAUAAUAGUUUUUGAGUAAUAUAAUAAUAUUGUAUUUUUGUAUUGUAUUCAUAAUUUGCUGUUUAAAAAAUUUAAUUACAAAAAUAAUAUAACAAACCGUACAACUUA